AUGUCUAAUUCUCAUCAGACAACUCAUUUUCCUUCAGGGUUGCAGUACAAUGACACCAAAAACAUUUUAAAUAUCACUUUUAACAGGAAUAAUAAAAACGACAUUGCCCCAAGAAUCCUGGAAUACGUCCACAAAGCCAUUCGCGUCAGCAUCGACAUCCAAUUUCCUCAUCCAAGUACUGUGAGCGAAACAGGUAGAAUCAUUAUUCGAAAGCGCAUCGAGGAUAUUCUUGGCGCCAUCAAUAAGGAGCAAUUUCCAAACGGCGCAAAGAAUAGUAUCAGGUUCGUUGACGUCUCAAUCACCUUGAGUACAUUCGACCUCGACCAGCUUCUCUGUUGUACUACCUUCAAAAAUCUGAAUCCUGAAUGGAAUCUCAGAUAUCGCGUAGGUACUGGGGGAUGGGUUGAUGAGUUUGACUGCAAGUGGAACAGUGAUCUCAGAAAACAGUUUAUUCAGCAUGCCAGCGAUCUUUGCCAUGUUACUGCCGGCGCAGCCGAAGCUACUGGAUAA